AUGUCAGUAACUCUUCAUACAGAUCUUGGUGAUCUCAAGAUUGAAGUAUUUUGUGAAGCUGUACCAAGAGCUGCCGAAAAUUUUAUGAAAUUAUGUGCAAGCGGAUAUUACGAUAAUAAUUUAUUUCACAGAAAUAUUAAAGGGUUUAUGGUACAGACAGGAGAUCCUACAGGAACAGGAAAAGGGGGAACAUCAAUAUGGGAGAAAAAAUUUCCUGAUGAAAUUAAAUCUUCACUAAAGCAUAACACUAGAGGUAUUGUUUCUAUGGCUAACAGUGGACCUGAUACAAAUGGAUCACAAUUCUUUAUAACAUAUACUAAAUUACCACAUCUUGAUACAAAAUAUACAGUGUUUGGCAAAGUGAUUGACGGUGUGGAUACAACAUUAGAUGCUAUAGAAAAUGUUCCAGUUGAUGAAAAACAUCGACCGACUCAAGAAAUUCGAAUUAAAUCAAUCACGAUUCAUGCAAAUCCUUUGGCUGACCCUUAA